AUGAGCGGGGACCUGUUGCUCUGGCUGCUGGCGCUGGGCGCGCUGCUGGCGCUGGCGGUGCAGCUGCUGCGCUUCCUGCGGGCCGAUGGCGACCUGACCCUGCUGUGGGCCGAGUGGCAGGGCCGACGCCCAGAAUGGGAGCUGACUGACAUGGUGGUAUGGGUGACUGGAGCAUCAAGUGGCAUUGGUGAGGAGCUGGCUUACCAGCUGUCAAAACUAGGAGUGUCUCUGGUGCUGUCUGCCAGAAGAGAGAAUGAGCUGGAAAGGGUGAAAAGAAGAUGCCUUGAGAAUGGCAAUUUAAAAGGAAAAGAUAUACUUGUUUUGCCCUUUGACCUGGCUGACAUAAGUUCACAUGAGGUGGCUACCAAAGCAGUUCUGCAGGAGUUUGGUAAAAUCGACAUUCUGGUCAACAAUGGUGGAAGAUCCCAGCGUUCUCUGUGUGUGGAAUCCAGCAUGGAUAUCUACAAGGAGAUGAUAGAGCUUAACUACUUAGGAACGGUGUCCUUGACAAAGUGCGUUCUGCCUCACAUGAUCGAGAGGAAGCAAGGGAAGAUUGUAACUGUGAAUAGCUUCAUGGGUAUCUUGGCUGCGCCCCUUUCUACUGGAUAUUGUGCAAGCAAACAUGCUCUUCGGGGUUUUUUUAAUGGCCUCCGAACCGAACUUGCCACGUACCCGGGGAUAGUAGUUUCUAACAUUUUCCCAGGACCGGUGCAAUCAAAUAUUGUGAAGAACGCCCUAACUAAUGAUGGAACACAGGCUGUACAUAGUGAUGUAGACCAGUCCCACAAGAUGGCAACCAGCCGGUGCGUGCGGCUGAUGCUAAUCUGCAUGGCCAAUGACUUGAAAGAAGUUUGGAUUGCGGAUCAACCUUUUUUGUCGCUGGCGUAUUUGUGGCAGUAUAUGCCAACCUGGGCCAUGUGGCUAACCAACAAAUUAGGGAAGAAAAGGAUUGAGAACUUUAAGAAGGGCCUGGAUGCAGAUUCUUCUUAUUUUAAAAUCUGGAAGACAAAACAUGACUGA